AAGGGUUAUUUAUGCUUACUCACCACAUCACUAUCACAACAAUUGUGCCUAGUAUCUGCAGAGUUUCUUUGUCUAAGAAAAAAUUACUUAUAAUUGAAAUAUUUUCUUCAACUCUCUCUUGUUUCUUUUGCGUACAUUGCGAUAAUAACAAAAACUGUUUGUCAAAGGUGUCCGUUUCUGCUUAUAAUGUAACUGUACAAAGCUGCAAUCUUUGUCAUAUUUUUUCUGCUCAUUUUGAUGCCCAUUUGCUCAAAACUAAUUUAAAUCUCUCAUUUCCAUAUUCUGAAUGAUGGAUUGCCCCUAAUAUUUCCGAUUACUUGUUCUUUUUCUUGUUUUUGUGAUGCCCAUUUUCUUGGACGUGUACUGAAGCUGGAAAAAUUAGUCUCUGAAAAAUGGGUUCUCCCUAAGUUUUGGUUUUUUAACUUCUGGAGUGUGAAAAUUCUGAAGUCUGUUGUAUAAUUUUCGACCUUGUAAUUCAUCUUAAGGCGUCACAUUUGCAUUUUGUUAGUGUUUGAUCGCAUUUUGGUGAAAAUUGGAUUUUAUUUUAUUUUAUUUAUUUUUGGUUGAGUGAUGGAUCCGUGCUUUAAUCAAGUCUAGCAUUAGUUUGCAAAUGGCAAGAAUCUCUUUAUUUCGUCGAUCAUGAUUCUUGAUCAUUAUGAGAUUCUUUUCUGCAAAAUUAAUACUGUUUCACUUUCACCUAUGGAAUCUAAGUGGGCUAGUAAAGUAAGAAUUCUAUCCUUAACCUGUUUGUGAUUCAGUGCUAACCAAUUCUUUUGUUCUUUUUAACGAGCUUUUCUAUAUCUAUUGAAAUGUAAUGUUCUUGAAUUCUUGACAAGAUUUUAUUCUAGGGCAUCUUCGAAAGUUUAUAGAAAACGAAUCAAUGCUUGCUUAGUUCAUGAAUAGUCUUUGCUUAUGCAAAUAUAUUUAUAGCCCUGUUGAGUCUCAUCAAAUUCGUGCCUGAGUUAGUGUCACUUUAAACACUCAAAAAAAUAAAUUAAUAAAUGAAUACAGAAACUCCCCUGUUUUGAUAAUUUGGAGUUAUCAUGGAAGAAACAUUUGUUCCUUUUCGUGGAAUAAAAAAUGAUCUCAAAGGAAGGCUUCUAUGCUAUAAACAAGACUGGAGGGGUGGCCUGCGUGCAGGUAUCAGGAUCCUGGCUCCAACAACAUACAUAUUCUUUGCAUCAGCAAUUCCCGUUAUAUCUUUUGGGGAGCAACUGGAAAGAAAUACAAAUGGAACCUUGACGGCAGUGCAAACACUUGCAUCAACAGCACUUUGUGGUGUGAUCCACUCGAUCAUUGGUGGACAACCACUUCUCAUACUUGGUGUUGCUGAGCCAACAGUGUUGAUGUACACAUUCAUGUUCAAUUUUGCUAAAGAUCGAAAAGAUUUGGGGGAGAAGCUAUUUUUAGCCUGGACAGGAUGGGUGUGCGUAUGGACUGCCCUUUUGCUUUUCUUGCUGGCCAUCUUGGGUGCAUGCUCUAUUAUCAACCGAUUUACACGCUUGGCUGGCGAAUUGUUUGGUCUUUUGAUUGCAAUGCUCUUUAUGCAGCAGGCAAUUCGUGGAGUUGUGGAGGAGUUUGGGAUUCCAAAGAGAGAAAAUCCUAAGGAGACUGCAUUUCAACCUUCCUGGCUCUUCGGAAAUGGAAUGUUUGCAUUAGUUCUGUCCUUUGGCCUUCUUCUUACUGCACUGAAGAGCCGAAAAGCUAGAUCCUGGCGAUAUGGAACAGGGUGGCUUCGGGGAUUUAUUGCUGACUACGGUGUCCCACUGAUGGUGCUUGUGUGGACUGCUGUUUCUUAUAUGCCGGCUAAUGAUGUUCCACGAGGGAUACCAAGGCGGCUAUAUAGCCCAAAUCCAUGGUCUGCUGGUGCAUACUCGAACUGGACGGUCAUAAAGGAAAUGCUGAACGUGCCUCUACUAUAUAUUAUUGGAGCUUUUUUCCCUGCUAGUAACUGCUUAUUGCAGCUUUUACUUCUCAAUAUCAGUGUAGUUCUCUGUUCUGAUCAGGUAAUAUUAUGUGGCCUUAUUGGCAUCCCUCCUUCCAAUGGAGUUAUUCCACAAUCUCCUAUGCAUACAAAAAGUUUGGCUACUCUAAAACAUCAGCUUUUGCGAAAUAAGCUUGUAUCGACAGCUCGAAACAGCAUGAAGAAAAAUGCGAAUUUAUCUCAGUUAUAUAGGAGCAUGCAAGAAGCUUAUAAUGAGAUGCAGACUCCACUUGUUUAUCAAACUCAACGAGCUCUGGGUAUGAAGGAGUUGAAAGACUCCACGAUCCAACGAGCCUACAGUAGCGGAUACAUAGAUGCACCAAUCGAUGAGGCUGUUUUUGAUGUCAAUAAGGAUAUUGACGAUCUUUUACCUGUGCAAGUUAAAGAACAACGCCUCAGCAAUCUUCUUCAGGCAUUAAUGUCUGGGAGCUGUGUUGCUGCUAUGCCUCUUUUGAAAAAAAUUCCGACUUCAGUCCUCUGGGGGUACUUUGCUUUCAUGGCAAUUGAAAGUUUGCCUGGAAAUCAAUUCUGGGAGAGACUGUUAUUGCUUUUCACCGUUCCAAGUCGAAGAUACAAGGUGCUAGAGGAUUAUCACGCUACCUUUGUGGAGACAGUACCUUUUAAAACAAUUGCACUCUUCACCGUCUUCCAAACAAUCUACUUGCUCUUGUGCUUUGGCAUAACAUGGAUUCCGAUAGCCGGUGUUCUUUUCCCUUUGUUGAUUAUGCUUCUCGUCCCAGUGCGACAGUAUAUACUUCCUAAGUUUUUCAAAGGAGCACAUUUACAAGACUUAGAUGUUGCAGAGUAUGAAGAAGCCCCUGCUAUUACUUACAACUUAUCCUUUGAAGAUCAAAGUGCACAAGCACAAGUCUCCAAUAUUGAUAGUGGUGAGAUUCUUGAUGCAAUCAUAACAAGAAGUCGUGGUGAGAUACGACAAGCCUGUAGCCCAAAAGGAACAAAUUCCACCCAGUCGCCACACGAGGAAAUGAAGUCUGUUUAUAGUCCGUGUAUGUCUCAAAGGGCAUACAGCCCUCGAUUGAUGGAAAUAAAAACCCAAAAAAACACGAUAUCCAGUGGAAAGGACUAGAAAUAGAGCAAAUUCCAAGUCCUCGACCAUCUUUACUUGGCGAAAGCAGCCGUGUUUCAAUUCAACCUGAUACCGUUUGAACCUAUUCUAAUAGUACUUUUGUUAUUGUUGUUCCUGGUACUUUGGGGACAUUUGUGCUUUUAUAGAGCAUUUGUUUGUCUAACAUUUCGACAUAUUAUAUUUUGCUUGAGUCGCGUAUUUCUUGUAUCAACACGCACAGAAGAUUAUUUAGCGAUAAUGCAAAUAUGUUAAUUAAAAUA